AUGAAUAACCAAGGGGUAACCUAUGCAGAACUGAAGGUAGCCAAGAACUCAAAGAGGCAGCAAAUAAAACCUAAGGGCACUAAAAGUUCCAUUUCAGUAACUGAGCAGGAAAUAACCUAUGCAGAAUUAAAUCUUCAAAAUGCUUCUCAGAAUCUUCGAGGGAAUGACAAGAACUACCACUGCAAAGAUUUACCAUCACCUCCAGAGAAGCUCAUUGCUGGGGUUCUGGGAAUUAUCUGCCUUGUUUUGAUGUCCAGUGUGGUAACAAUGAUAGUUUUUACUCCCUCUACUGCAAUACGGGAGCAGAAUAACUCCUCUCCGAUAAAAAGGCUCCAGAAAGAAUGUCAUUCUGGUCAUUGUCCAAAAGAGUGGUUUACAUAUUCCAACAAUUGCUAUUAUAUUCAUUUUGAAAAAAAAACAUGGAAUGAGAGUGUGACGGCCUGUGCUACUAAGAAUUCUACUCUGCUUUAUAUAGAUAAUGAAGAAGAAAUGAAAUUCCUGAUGUCCCUAUCAAUUAUGUCAUGGAUUUCAGUCUUUCGUAAAGGCCGUGAUCAUCCAUGGAUGUGGCUAAAUGGUUCAACUUACAAACUACGUAUAACAGACUCAUCACCUGAUAAACGUAACUGUGCUCUGCUGUAUUCAGAUGGCAUUAAAUCAGACAAUUGUGAGUUUCCACAUACAUAUAAUUGCAAGGAUCACCUUGAGAAAACGUGA